AAAAACCAGUUGCCGGCAUAAUAAACCCGGCGUAUGGACUUUCUUUGGGUGCGUGCAAGAACUGGUUUCUGUUAGCACAAGAACCCCUGACUUCCAUAAGCUUAGGCUAAUGUGAUGUUCUGAGGGGUCAAAUGGCGGGAUCAGUCGUAAUUUCAAAGCUCUCGAGAGCAGAUCUCAGUCGGAAAAAUGUUCCCGGGCCAAUGGUUUUUAGUUUUAAUGCUCCAACUUGGCCUCAGAGCCGCUUCUGGGGCCGAGUUCUUCUCGUCGAUACACGAGAUGACAAAGGUCUUUGGCUACGAACAGAAAAUGCUCCAGCAAAUGCAGAGAUUCCUUAAUGACAACCAGCGGAAGUUGGAUUUUCUGAAAGAAACCCUCCGGGACUUUGAGAGUGAACGCAACGAGGCUCGUGAGUGGGGUCCAGCGUACUUCGAUAGUCCGGUAAACAAAUAUUUGCUCAACAAGCGCUUGACCGUGGAUUGGCAGAGGGUGGAGAACCUAAUGGAGGCGUCUACUGGAGAAAAACCUUUAAGUCGCCUCCAGAAGCUAAGAAAUGGCAAUUGGAUGCCCGGCAAAGGUGAUCUGGAGGGAGCUCUCGAUGGUAUCCUGCGUCUGCAGUUUGUAUACAGGCUAAAGACCAAGGAUCUAGCCAAUGGCAUCCUAGAUGGCGUGGAUUAUGGCACCCAGUUGGAUUCCGAGCACUGCUUAGACAUAGCUCGAUUGGCCCUGAGGGAUCAGCAUCCUAGACUGGCACACUCCUGGCUGCUGGAGGCCAGUGACCGCUUGACUGGCGGAGAAAAGUCCAAAGAACUCAUGCCACAAAUCUUGGCUCUGCUAGUUCAAGCUAAGGCUGAAUUGGGUGACUUCCAGGGUAUGAAUGAGACCUACCAGGAGCUUUUGGAAAUCCAGCCAGCCAGUGAAGAGCAUGUACGGAAUUAUGAAAGCUUCCUGGAGGCCCAAGGCGAUAAGGUUUCGCUCAAUGAGUCCAAAAUAAUUGAAGAGCAUGGGCCCAUUCCCAAGGAAGGUGAUAUGGUAACCCCGUUCCAGGCCUUUUGCCUCACCUGCAGUGGCCAUUGGCAGCCCGAACCCCGUGAGCUGCGAAACCUGCGUUGCGGCUACAUGAUGGAGACACAUCCUUUCCUUUGGAUAGCUCCCUUCAAGGUGGAGGAGCUCAACCACGACCCACUCAUCGUGCACUACCACGACGUGAUCUACCAGAGCGAAAUUGAUAUCAUCAAGGAGUUGACCAGAAAUACUUUGAAACGGGGCGAGGUUUCUGGUCUAAAUUCGAGUAUAGUGUCCAAUGUAAGGACCAGCCAGACCUCCUUUAUACCCGUGACUGAGCAUAAGGUCCUGGAAACCAUAGACAGGAGAGUGGAGGAUAUGACUGGUUUGAGCAUGAAAUCCGCGGAGGAUCAUCAGUUUGCCAACUACGGCAUAGGAGGACAUUACGGAGAGCACUAUGACUGGUUUAGUCAUAUAACCUUAAACAACGGCAUUAUCAGUAAUCCCGAACACGGCAACCGCAUUGCUACUGUUCUGUUUUAUCUCUCCGAUGUGACACAAGGUGGCGGGACUGCCUUUACGUAUCUGAAGAAACUUUUGAAGCCAAUAAAAUACUCAGCUGUCUUUUGGCACAAUUUGCAUGCCUCAGGAGUGGGUGAUGUGCGCACCCAACAUGGUGCCUGCCCCAUAAUCACCGGUUCCAAGUGGGUACAAAAUCGCUGGCUCCGUGAAGCCUUUCAAUCAGAUCUUCGUCCUUGCGAACUCUGGGAUGAUUCCUUGGCCACCCGGACUCAGAUUAUGGAAAUUUUAAAUCGAGAAAAGGAAGCUGCUAAUGAUAGUCAAGCUUCAAGUGAAUAGAGUUAGCUUAGCUUAGGUUAUAACCCUUUAGCUAUAGAUUAAGUUUAAAUAUAAAAUAAAUACUCACCACUUUUUCCACUCUCAACCUCUUAAAAAAUAA